AUGGUAAAGAUUAUUUGUCUAAUUAGUGAUUACUUAUUUAAGGUCUUAUUGAUUGGGAAUAGUGGAGUUGGUAAAUCAUGCAUGUUGAUGAGAUUUAGUGAAAACUAAUUUAGAAAUCAUUUCUAUAAUACUAUCGGAGUUGAUUUUAAAAUAAAAGUAUUUUAAAUUGAUAGAUCUACUGUCAAAUUGUAAAUAUGGGACACCGCAGGUCAGGAUAGAUUUAGAACUAUUACAAGCAGUUAUUAUCGAGGAGCUCAAGGAAUCAUCAUAGUCUUCGAUGUCACUGAUAGAGAAUCCUUUAACUAAAUUAGAUAGUGGAUACAAGAGAUUGAUAAAUUCGCAGCAGAAUCAGUCAAUAAAAUAUUAGUUGGAAACAAAAUAGAUAGUUCUCAAAGAAGAGUGUCGACAGAUGAAGCUGAAGCAUUGGCUAAAUCAUACAAUAUUUCAUAUAUUGAGACAUCUGCUAAAACAAAUAUUAAUAUUGAAAAUUGUUUUAGUUUAAUUACCAGACAAAUCAUCUAAAGAGUUGGAAAACCCAAUUAAAAUUAAAAAAGUAAAGUAGGAAUGAAAUUGUAAUAGAAUUCAUCCCAAUCAUAAUAAACAUCAAAUAAAAAAGGAGUUGAGUAAGAUAGUUAAUGUUGUAUGUCUUGA